UUUUUUUAAAACUGGAAAUGAGAGAAAGUUGUUUAGAAAAACCAAACUGAGAAAACCUCUGAAUUUGUGCUGACUCACCGAGUCACCAACUCGUUAUUAGGCCAAGUUGAUGUCUUUUUCUUUACGUUUUUUUUUUUUUAUAAGCCUUCAAAAAGUAAAUAAAAACCAUUGUUUUAGUCAAAAAAGCUGAGAAAGUUGCAAAAUGCAAAGUUUAUUGGGAGUGAUGGUGAAGAACUAGAUCUGAAAGUUCAACAAGUUCAAGUAACUGCAACUCAAAGGUUUCAACUUUGAAUCAAAGGGUCAUUAAGGUUUUGGUUUUUUGUCUCACUGUCAGAAAAUGCCUUCUCCUUCAUUUCACAAGCUUGUUCUACCAUCCACUCUUCAAGCUAAGCAACUGAUGGAUCAUGAUCAACAAGACAAGCCAUCUUUCUUUGCUAUCAUUAAAGAAGGCUUCAACACCAACUCCAUGAAAGUCCCAAAGAAGAUUGUUAUGAAUUUGGGUGAAGAGUUGUGGAACAAUGCUUUGAUUUUUCUGAUAGGCUCUUCUGGUGAGAAAUGGCAAAUGAGUAUUUUGAAGAAAGAAAAUGACAUAUAUCUGCAAAAUAUUGGUUGGCAAAAAUUUCUGAAAGACAACUCGGUGUUAAAUGAAGAGCUCUUGCUUUUCACAUAUAAGGAAGAGAACAGGUUCCAGGUUCAAAUUUUUUGUAAGAAUGGAUUAGAGAGACCAUGCGUCCAGAAAGAACCAGAAGUUGCAGCUCCAAUUGUACCCGAGACAACGGGGAGUAGCCAACAAAAAACCCCUGCUGCUGAUAGUGUAUGCGUCAAGGAAGAAAAAGAAGAAGCUGUAGCACCAAUGGUGGUGAAGAGAAAGAGGGGUAGACCAAGAAAAAAUGCUCCUCCUCCUCCUGAGAGAUGCUUCAAGGAAAAGGGAGCAGAAGCAGAAGCUGCAGCAACAAUGGCGGCCAAAGGAAUGGAGGAUAGACCAAGAACAAAUGAUUUUCCUGAGAGAGUAUGUGUCAAGAAAAAAGAAGCAGAAGCUGCGGCAACAACAGUGGCCAAAGGAAUGAAAGGUAGCCCAAGAAAAAAUGCCUCUCCUGAGAGAGUAUGUGUAUGUGUCGCGAAAAAAGAAGCAGAAGCUGCAAGAGCGACAAUGGUGGCCAAAGGAAUGAUGAAUAGGCCAAAAUAUGUUUCUCCUGAGAGAGUAUUCGUCAUGAAAAAAGUAGCAGAAUCUACAACAUCAACAAUGGCGGCCAAGGGAAUGAAAGAUAGACCAAAAUAUGUUUCUCCUGAGAGAGUAUUCGUCAUGAAAAAAGAAGCAGAAUCUGCAACAUCAACAAUGGCGGCCAGAGGAAUGAAGGAUAUACCAAAAUAUGUUUCUCCUGUGAGAGUAUUCGUCCCGGAAAAAGAAGCAGAAGCUGCAACAGAAACAAUGGCGGCCAAAGGAACGAAGGAUAGACCAAAAUAUGUUUCUCCUGAGAGAGUAUUCGUCGUGAAAAAAGAAGCAGAAGCUGCAACAUCAACAAUGGGAGCCAAGGGAAUGAAGGAUAGACCAAAAUAUGUUACUCCUGAGAGAGUAUUUGUCAUAAAAAAAGAAGCAGAAGCUGCAGCAACAAUGGUGGCCAGAGGAAUAAAGGAUAGACCAAGAAACAAUGCUUCCCCUCAAAGUGUGUGCCUCAAGAAAACAGAAGCAGUAGCUGCAGAAACAAUGGUGGUUAAAGGAAUGAAGGGUAGGCCAAGAAGAAAUUCUGCUCCUGCUGUUAUCAUAAUAGACUGAUAAGAAAACAAAUAUCUGUUAUAUAUAUUCUCAGAUUGAAAUAGAUACUGAGAUAAUUAAGGCAUGUUUAACAACAAUCCAAAUAUUGGAGUUAAUUAAUUAUUAGGAUUUAUUAUGUAGUUGUUAUUGUUAUGAUUGAUGGUGUUUUAGUGGUUGCAUUCUAUGUGAAUGACAAUGCAUUAUUAGACAUUAAGUGGAUGGUACUAGGAUUUCUAAUUAUAAGUUCUGGAUUUUAUUGGUGAAAUUCAAAUUCAAAUUAAUUGAAUGUUAAUUAUUUUACACUA